UACCAAACCGGUGGGUGUAGGCUGAACUCCGGUUCUAAAGGUGUCUGUUGGUUCUGCACUUCGCGGUCUGAGGAAUUCAAAAUAUUUUUGGAAUCAUCUAAAAAUUUUGCGGCUUACCCGUGGUUCUGUAAAUGUCUUCUCUGCCGGCUACCGUGGAAGGAAACGCUCCCUGCUCGUGCUGUGUUGCACUGCCACUCACCUAAUAGGGGUACACGGAAGUAUUACACCUAUAUCUUACAGGAAAAAUUCAUCCAUGGCCGAGACGGAAGCAGUCGCCCAAAGCUCAGGUGGCAUAUCCUCAGACACUGCCACUGUGCCCCCAGCAGUUGAGAAACCUGGCCAGACAGGGGAGGACACAGCUGCCAGUGGCACUGAGGGUCCUAGUGGGGCAGGCUCCCUCCCUCCUCCACCCGGACUCUCUGACCAUCCUCCAGCUACAACCAGCACUCAGAAGACCCCCUCACCUUCCCCAAGACCUCCAACCCACCCCACACCUUCACAUGUAGCAGUACCCUCUUCUCAUUCCUCCCCCUCUAAUGGAGUGGUGAGGAGAGAGACAGGGUCUGUGGGCAGUCCUGGCUCUAAUGGCAGCGAUGAGUAUAAGCAAGAAGAGGACGAGGAAGAGGACCAGGAGGAGGGAGCAGGGAUAGGGAAAGAGGCAGAGAGCAAAAGGACUCCUGGGUUUGGACUUCCUCGAAAAGUGCCUAUUCUCAGGCUAAAGAAGAAAGGAGAUGAGAUGAAUGUUGUCUUUGAGAAACAGGAUGCGAGCAAGAAUGACUCCUACUGCUGGGUGUGUCAUGAUGGGGGAGAUGUCCUCUGCUGUGAUCGCUGCCCUCGGGUCUUCCACGUCCAGUGCUCAGGUCUUCCCAAAGAGCCCGAGGGAGAAGAGGAGUGGUUCUGUCCCGUGUGUAAGAACAUUGACCGUCGCACAAAGAGAUCUCGACCCCCAAAUCUGAGGGAUUUGCUGCUAUUGGCCGUACGGAGGAUGAUGUUUCCUGGGACCGAGAUCUUCCAGCAUCCUGUUCCGUCUGACAUACUCAAGCACUACAAGGAAUACAUUUUCUUCCCAAUGUACCUGAAUAAGAUUAAAGAGAGAGUGGAAGAAGAACACUACGGAACCACUCGUCAGUUCCUACAUGACACAGAAUGGAUUCUGCACAACUGCAUUAUCUACAAUGGAGCCAAACACGCUCUCACAAAGAUUGCCAAAGGCAUUGUCAAAGUCUGCAAGGAAGAUAUGAGGGAAAUUGAAUUGUGUCCGAGUUGCUAUAAACUGACUGUCGUGCAGCCUGAGGAGUGGUUCUGCAUCCCCUGUAGUACUCCUCACCGAGUGGUUCUGGCGAAGGUGAGAGGCUACCCUCUCUGGCCUGCCAAACUUAUCAGUGAGACAACUGACAAGUGUGACGUCAGAUUCUUUGGCCAACAUGAUAGCUGUCACUGCAGGUCUCUUGUCCCCAAGUCCUGUAUCCAGGAGCUAACAGGCCCCCCGCCAACACCCUCCUCCAAGACUCAGUAUUGGAACAUCGCCAUGUACGAACUCCGCAAGUACAGAGAAAACAUCGACGCCAUGUACAGGGAAAUGGGCGGGACCAAGCCAGCCACACCCACAAAGGCACCAGAGCCGUCAAGUCUCAAGCCUGGUGCUAGAGCAAAGCCGAUGGCUGAACCAAAUUUGCAGAAGACAGAGGAGGAAGAGGCCCCUAGCAAUCAGGGAGCCCAGAUCCUUAGCUACCUUCCCUUCUCCCCACAGCUUGUGGAGGUGAUUCCCAGUAUGUCGGAGGCAGAGGUCGGCCAUGGCAACGCUGCCACUCUAAUGAGUAGUCCGCCAGGCUCCACCCCCUCUUCCCCGGCCAGUGAGGGGGGGCUACAGAUCGACGACUCCAGCUGGAGAAGGAAAGAACGCUCUCCUGCCAAACCCCAACCCUCCACUGAGGGGUUCAUGAGUGUCGGUCGCAGAACACAGAACUCUCUUCAGUCGGUGUUGGACACUGUGGAACUAGGGCCUGUGGUUCCUGCCCUCACUCCUGGCACUCCUCUUCUGGGAGGAGGCUCUGGUGCGCGCGGUGUAGCGGGACCUCGCGCAAAGAAGAGAGGACUGGCCGGUGUGGUGAGCAUCCUCUCCAAGAAACUGGCACUGUCUGAGGACGGAGACCCCGACUACGAGGAAGGCAACAACCACCCCCUCUUCAGUCGGUGCUAUGACGACCAGGGGAAGACAGCAAUAGCAGAAAUUGACCCGGAGCCGAAGCGACCAGUCAGGAAGGUGAAGAAACCGGGUGAGAAAGAUACGGAGCCUUCUCCCAAGAAGGCAGCCAGAGCUCAGAGUCUGAAGCCAGUGGUAGGGACGCCUGAACCAGGGAAUUCCCCCUCUCCUCGCCCAGUGCCUGUACCUCUGGCUCCUUUCCCCUCCACCACCCCACAACCCUCUUCAUUCUCUAGUCUCAGGGUUGAGAAUCCACGCAAAGAGAAACCGAAAACCAGCACUGCAGGUAAACCUAAACGAGGUCGGCCUCCAAAACAAAGACCGUUGAAGCCACCGAAAUCCCAAGCCACACCCAUCACCUUCCCUGCUCCACCUGUUAUGACCACACCCACCUCGGUUUUGACCACACCCACUUCCACAGUCAGCACUCUCUCCCAUGACUCUAGCGAGGUGCGACGGAUGUUGUCUGGAGGCUCGCCAGCAUUAGCAAUGGGGAGAGAGGGAGGGGAGGGAGGAGAGGGGGUGGAGGGAACAGGGCUUCUGGCUGAGACCAUGAGAAAGGUUGAUCGCUCCUUCAGAGCCAAGCUGCUGGCAGGUUCAGCUGAGGACCUGGGCUACCAGUACUUCGUGGAGAAGCUGAUGUCCUCCAUCAAGACAGUCCUGAUUGAGAUGCUCUCUCAGUUUGAGGCCAAGGGGAAGCUGGGGGCAAAGGUCAUUCGGGAGCAGCUGCACAGUGCAUGGCCGGUGCCUGGGUCUCGCUCGUCACACGACCAGCUGAGACGAGAACUGCUGGAACAGCUCAAACAGGAGUUGGAAGUGGUGCGAGCUGCUGCAGACAUGGAGAGAGAACAGGUAGUGAGUGAAGUCAGGAGGCAAGCUGAGGCGGAGAAAGAGAUUGCUAUAGCUGAGACCAAGAAGAAGAAAUGGUGUAGCUACUGCAUGAAGGAGGCCCUAUACAACUGCUGCUGGAACGCCAACUACUGCAACGAGUCUUGUCAGCAGGCACACUGGCCGGAGCAUAUGAAGAGCUGUGUGCAGGCAAGACAGAGUGCCACCCCUGCUCCUGAAGCUCCGCCUACCCCACAGUCUCGCCAGACUGGUUUCUCUGCUGCCACUCCAACUGACCCUCAGACAUUCGCAUUCGCUCCUCCUCCUCGUACCGGCACCUCUGGCACUGGUCACAUUGUCAUACCUCACACAACUCCUCAAUCUUCUAGGGAUGUGGGAGGAGCUUCAGAGCCCAUGCUACAUUAUGCUCAGUCAGCAGCCCAUGCAGACCCUCGGUCGGAGCAGGCAGGACUCGACAAGGCAAUGACUCGUAUUGAGCAUGUCCCAAAUGAGUCGGGCCUCCUCAGUGGGCACCAGGCCAGUCAGCACAUGCUACUACUUCAUCAGGCUGCAGCUGUCCACGGACAACACUCUUUGCAGUCACAUGCACCUACUGCCCCUCAGCCCACACUGCAGAGGUCAAGUUGCAACAAGAACUCUGUCAUAUCUGGCAUCCGCAGUCAUCCUUCCUCGGCCUCUCUCUACCAACCACUGGUGGCUCAGAUUGUCGACGGGACAAGAGACACCUCUUCUCACAACCUGCCCUCAGGGAUGCCGCAUCCAUCCAGCCCUGCUUCCCCGGUCUCAGAGCACUCCACGGUGCAUAACCCCCCGGGGUUCAGCUGGCCCUACCAGCAGCCAGUCAUCAUCAGCAGCACUGACGGAUAUCCACUGCCUAUGCUGCAGUCCUCUGUUGCUCAGCCACAGCAUCAGUCAUACUUCAACAAGGCCUUUUAAAUCUCUGAAUGAAACUCUUGCACCAUUGUUGUUAGUGUAUUAUAGUUGGGCAUAUUGAUCAGGAACUUUUUACGAUGA